CUGGGGAUCAAAUAAAUAACGCAACGCAUCUUGACUUGAUCAAAUGCAAGGCAAAUGCACACAAAUCUUUUGUCAAGAACUCCACCUGCAAAGCGCUCUUCUAUUUACAGGAGACCUGACUCCUGCCUUUCUCUCCCCUUUUGAACUUGCUCUAGGUGGAGAACAUCUGCGCACCACUUUCUCCUUGCGCGUUGUUGAAAUGGCGGCAUCAAUUGCUAGAUUCCCUUUGGGAGGCAGUUUGGCUUGUCGGUCAAGCAUAGUCUCACCAGUUGCGGGCGCCAGGAAUCAACACUACACCGGGAACGUCCUUCCGUUUGGGAGCUUGACGUGCAGAAGAACGACAAUACACGCCCUAGCCCCAAGGGCCUCAGGGAAUUCAGCAGACAGCAAUGCCGAGGGGAAAAAUGAUGGGGACCAGGCGCAGAAUGCGGCACGCUUUAUCUUGGAAAAGGCGGGCAUGUCAGAGACUGCCAGUUCGUCAGGGGGCGGCUGCUGCGGUGGCGGGUGCGGGGGGGAGAAGGCAGACGCCAAGUCUGCGGCACAGCAAUUUGCAGAGUUGGAGGCAACAUUUGUCACCGGCCCGAUGGAAGGUAACAUCACCCGCGACGACGUGCAAUCGGCCUAUCGGAGCGCCCCGGAUGGUCCGAGUGAAGAGAAGUUUCUUGAUAUUGCCGCCAUUCUUGCGGAAGCAUCAAACGAGUCUGAGAACUUUGUCUUUGAGGACGACUUGGAUGAGCUGAUGGUCUGACCUGUUUGUCUUUCGGAGGAAGAGCUUGCAAUGAUGUACCAUAGUAGCGGAGAAUAAAUUGCUCGCAAUUGGUUUGAUGUUUGAGGAAUAAACGGUUCUCCUUGAUAGCUCUGAGUGAGGAAUUGUCCAGGUAAUAAAGAAAGUGUAAGCAGGACGAUUGCCUAGGUUAGGUGUAACGAUUAAGCAGAACGAUUGCACUUCAUACCUUACCAGCCGGCACUGAAAAGGCUGGGCUCGGCGGCCGCAGCUUCUGCAGUUGUCAUGUUGGCAGGAAUGAGCUGGGCGGCUAGUAACAUUGCACAUGUAAACGAAUCUGGACUGACUGGCUAUCUAAUGGCUAGGCCUAGAUUGAUGAUAUGAGUGUAUGCAUGCG